CGGGAUAUGUAUCAGCAUCUCCAUAACAUCAUUCGCGAUUCUCCGGCCGGCAGAGACCUGCUUGAACAUACAAGCACUUCAUCUGAAAGUGUCAAUUCCACCAGCUUGCCUGACCUUACUGUGGUGCUCCCUGAGCUCUUGACUCGCUACGAGCGGAGCCAGCGUGACCUCCAUGCUCUGCGGAAGGAGCGUGAUGCACUGAAAAAUACUAUGGAGUCCGAUAUAGGAAGGCUUAACCAAAAAAUCUCUGCUCUACAAGCGGAUAUUGCUACUCUUACAAAUAGUGCUUCACCCGAGUCGGACGAGACAGCCGUUGUGGAUACACGUGGAUCUGGACCACUCCGACUAAAGCUGAAGGUGGCUAAACAGCAGGAUAGCGAAUUCCAGUCCGCCCUCGCCGAGGUUCAUACAUCGCGAGCGUCAUCUGUCCCGCCAGCUGCGUCCCCGAGGCCAAGCAGCUCCCUCCCGCCACAUAACUCAAGAAAUUCUGUGCCUGUCAAGGUCGAGAGGGCGGAAUCUGUCACUUCUGUUCGGAGUACUACGAGUUCUCGGCCUCGGCUCAGCCUCACGGAACUACGAGCUAUGCUGGCCGAGAGAAUGGCAGGCCAAGCAGCUGCACAGACGUCUAUGGUAACGGACAACCCAGAACCACUUGUUUCCUCUGCUUCGGACCCAUCAGUAGUAUCCACGCAUGUUGCUGACACCACUGCAAAUGAACCACCUGUCCCACCCAUGGUAGACCUGAGGCGUUACUGCGUUUGCGACCAGCUGGCUUACGGCGAGAUGAUCGCUUGUGACGCCCCGGGGUGCCGUCAGGAAUGGUUUCACCUCGCCUGUGUCGGUCUGAGUAUCGCCCCCGAAGGUGCCUGGCAAUGUCUUGAAUGCUCCUUGUCAUCGGGGAACCACCAUCUACUUUAAGCGUUAUUGAUUAUUGUAUUUCCGACCGAGAGUUGGCACGGCCUGGCUUUGUAUACUUGAUGUAGAAUACCCCUGGUUUCAUAUCGCUGCUUCCAUGUCUCCUUUCCUA